GCGCUCCUCGCCUGCGGCCGCUGCGGCGCACGCGCGCGGCCUCGCGCAGGGCGGGGAGAGGCGGCGGCCCCCGGCGGCCGGCCCCGAACCUGUCAGACUCGGGAAGCCGGCCUGGAGUUGCGGGCGCGGCAGGCGCGAGGACGGCCCCGCUCCCCGCCCAGCCCCGGGCCGAGCUGCUUGAGUCGGCCCCGCCGAGCCGGCCGGCCGGGGGCGGGGAGAUGAGCUGCGGCCCCGCGGCAGCGCCCCAGGAUGGGGAGGGACGCGCGGCAGUGCCAUCGGGAACUGGCUCUCCGGUGAAGUAGGAGCCGCCGGCCGGCCGCCUGCACCGAGCCAUUCCGCGCCGCGGCCGCUCAGCCUCUGCCAUGGCCGGAUCCGGCGCGUGGAAGCGUCUCAAAUCUCUGCUACGGAAGGAUGAUGCGCCGCUGUUUUUAAAUGACACCAGCGCCUUUGACUUCUCGGACGAGGUGGGGGACGAGGGGCUUUCUCGGUUUAACAAACUUCGAGUUGUGGUGGCCGAUGAUGGUUCUGAAAUCCCAGAAAGGCCUGUUAACGGGGCGCACCCGGCCCUCCAGGCCGACGAUGAUUCCUUACUGGACCAGGACUUGCCUUUGACCAACAGUCAGCUGAGUCUGAAGGUGGACGCCUGUGACAACUGCAGCAGACAGCGAGAGUUACUGAAGCAGAGAAAGGUGAAAACCAGGUUGACCAUUGCUGCCGUUCUUUACUUGCUUUUCAUGAUUGGAGAACUUGUAGGUGGAUACAUUGCAAAUAGCCUAGCAGUCAUGACAGAUGCACUUCAUAUGUUAACUGACCUAAGUGCUAUCAUACUGACCCUGCUUGCUUUGUGGCUGUCCUCAAAAUCUCCAACCAAAAGAUUCACCUUUGGAUUUCAUCGCUUAGAGGUUUUAUCAGCUAUGAUUAGUGUGCUCUUGGUGUAUAUACUUAUGGGAUUCCUCCUAUAUGAAGCUGUCCAAAGAACUAUCCAUAUGAAAUAUGAAAUAAAUGGAGAUAUAAUGCUCAUCACUGCAGCUGUUGGAGUUGCUGUUAAUGUAAUAAUGGGGUUUCUAUUGAACCAGUCUGGUCACCACGCCCAUUCCCACUCUCUGCCUUCGAAUUCUCCUACCGCAGGUUCUGGGUGCAGACACAACCAUGGGCAGGACAGCCUAGCAGUGAGAGCUGCAUUUGUACAUGCCUUGGGGGAUUUGGUACAGAGUGUUGGUGUACUAAUAGCUGCAUACAUCAUACGAUUCAAGCCAGAAUACAAGAUUGCCGAUCCCAUCUGUACAUAUGUAUUUUCAUUACUUGUGGCUUUCACAACAUUUCGUAUCAUAUGGGACACAAUAGUUAUAAUACUAGAAGGUGUACCAAGCCAUUUGAAUGUAGACUAUAUCAAAGAAGCCUUGAUGAAAAUAGAAGAUGUAUAUUCAGUGGAAGAUUUAAAUAUCUGGUCUCUCACUUCAGGAAAACCUACUGCCAUAGUACACAUACAGCUAAUUCCUGGAAGUUCAUCUAAAUGGGAAGAAGUACAGUCCAAAGCAAAGCAUGUGUUAUUGAACACAUUUGGCAUGUAUAAAUGUACUAUUCAGCUUCAGAGUUACAGGCAAGAAGUGGACAGAACUUGUGCACAUUGUCAGAGUUCCAGUUCCUAAUUUUAUAUGUUUUGGGGACCACUGCCUUAUUUAUCCUGCAGUCACAGACCUGAGAGCAAUAAAUGUGCACACCUGAAAGAGAAAAUGGAAUCCCUGACAGCUGUGUCCAUAUCAAGCACCUGUCUCUCAAAACAAUCACUCUAGCCUGAGAGUGCUACUUUCUGUUUAAUGGUAAAAGGAGACUUCACCAUGGUUUUCAGAUGAAGAUGUUUCCAAAACACUAUUUAUAGAAUGAGACGUGACUCUACGGAUACCUCAAAGAAGACAAUCCAAGACCACAUUUCACUAACUGUGACAGAGUACAUGUCUUAAAGGGAGCAUCAAGAAUUCAGUAUUUGCAUUUAAAAAUCCUUUUUAAGGACCAUUUUUUAUCAAGCUAGUGCUGGAAAACUGAUUUUUUUUUAUUAGGUAAUCUUGACAGCCAGCUUCUGGAAUUUGACACCCAGUUAUGUUUUUACAGAAAUUAUUUCUCAACAGAUUUCAGAGAAUACUAGAAAUUAUCCAGAUAGUGGAAUAAGCAUGUAUUCCUAAGUGUUUCAGAAAUGUUUUAUUUCACAAAUAAUGUUAUUGUUAUACUUUAUAAACAACUUUUUCCAGAUGUUACAGGGUUUUGAAUCUCAAAGUUAUCAUUUUGGUUAUUUGUAAUCUUAAUCAGAACCAAAUCUUUACAUGUUGUGGUGGUCACUGUCAUUAGGAAUAUUUAGGAAAUAUUUUCAAUACUAUUCUAAAUGGCAGAAGUUAAUCUUAAAUUACUAUAUGGUGAUUUAAAAUAUAGGAGUGAGGAUGGAGUGUGGAAUGUCAGAUUUAAGUCUUCUGCAGUCACUUUUAUUAUUCAUGGAAUUAUCUUAAGAAUAGCAGGAGACUGCAAAAUGUAAACAAUGAUCCUCUGUCCUUGUAAGAACUGAAAGUGUGCUUGGUACCUUGCUUCCAGCCUCCAUACCAGUUAGUCUGUGCCCCUUCAGGGUAAAACUCUGGAGAGCUGUGGUUCAGUUUGUAAUGUCUAUCUUUCACAUGUAGAUUAACCACAUUCCUCCAGAGAGAAUUUGUUUGAUGAUAUGGGUUAGGGAUUCUCCACGGACUCCAGAAACCCUAAGAUAUAAUUUUGAGGUUUUCCAAUAAUACCAUAGCAGAAAUGCCCAGAGAGAUAGGGAGAAGACAUUUAAAAAGAAAGAAAACAUCAAGGGUUUUUGACCUUGUAUUUGUGUUGUUUGAAACAGGAAUUGGGAUGGACAUUCAAUCUGUGUUGUAGGGAGGCUAAACCUGAAACUUUCCAAACCGAAUGCAACCUAAUUGGUACCAGUUGUGUUAAAGGGGUAGCUGUGAAUAAUCAGGUUUCAUUUUGCGACUGUUGGUUUUGUGAUUAUCUUUAUGCACUUUAGAAGUCUAUUUUCACAGGGACAGUUUCUUAACCAAGAAUGGAUAUGGUUCUUGAGGUUCUCAGAGAAUCAGAGUACAAUUACUAGGCAAGUUGUGAAUUAGAAGCGUAGAUAAACAUGCAGAUGACUUAUAAUAUCAAAGAAGGAGAGGAAACAGAUUUCAUGUUUCUACCAAGUACCUCACUGUAAGUAAACCUAAGAUAAAACCUGAAGUUCCCUAAAAGAUGAUUAAGAGUUGAUGGUAUCCCCCAAAAAAGGGUUGAUGAGGGUUAAUGGUAUCUAGUAAAACCCAGUGUUUAUUGAAUUGAAUUGAAAAUUAACCUUAUGCGGUUCUUGCUGUGAAUCCAUUUAAAAUGAUUUGAAUUUUUCAAAAAUUUGAGUAGUACAUACAUAGUUUAAGUCAAAAUUCUCUUAAAUGUGGAAGGCAAAUAAGAAUAAAUGAGAAGCAUGUCAGUGGACAUCUGGGCAUUACGUACUUUGGGUACCUAGCAAGAGAAAGGAAAAGAACAUGCAUUGUAGGCUAAUGGCUUUCCCCGUAUUUGCAGGUGUUUCCCAUGUGUCCACUGAGCUUGUUUCUUGUAAACUUUCCUUUAUCCUAAAUAGGCGUAUCUUACUUUUCAUAUCGACCUGUUCCUUGAAAAAGUUAUGUGAUAAAACAGUCUGAAAUUCAUUUGAGGAUUGAAAAGGAUGUUUUGUAAAAUGCAGAAACAGUGAAAACCUUUGUAAAUUUUAGUGAGUGUGCUUUGUUUAAGUGAGGUACACAUGAAGUUCCCUGUGCUUUGUCUUUUGUAGCAAGGACUACACAUUUUGUACUUGUGCUUUCCUGGGGCUGAGAUUGAAAAUUGAUAGAUUUCACUUUUUGUAACUUGACAAAACCCACACAGGACGAUGUGAACUUAGCAGUUAGGGCCAGGGACUGCACGACGGAAGCCACAGAGCCUUGGGUCUGUCCCUACCCUGCUGAGCUGCAACCCUGAGUCACACCCCUCAGACAGCCCUCACAGGAAGAGUUCUCCACUGUCCUGACACAGGCGCUGGGUAGUUUUGGAUAAACACUUUGCAUUGUUAAUUGUGCACUGAGAAAACAGAUCACAACCUAAAAACUGGGCAGUUCUUCAGUGUGAUGUUUUUUUUGUUUGUUUUUUUUUAAGUAAGCUCCACAAAGCGUGGAGCCCAGUGCCAGGCUUGAACUCCCAUCCCUGAGAUGGAGACCUGAGCUGACAUCAAGAAUUGGACAGUUAAUCAACUGAUGCACCCAGGUGCCCCCAGUUUGAUGUAUUUUAAUUAACAUUUGCAAAUAAUCAGAGUUACUUGUAUAUAUAAACCUGUCAAAACUCUGGCCAGAGGCAGCAUUUUGAUUUAUUUUAGGAAAAGACCUAUUUUUCAUUAACGACCAUGCUGCCUUACAAACCUAAUGUGAGGAAUAUAGUUGAAUAGGGCAUCUUUCAGAGAGCUUUGAAAUGUAGAACCAUUUCAAAUAGAAUUCCCACAUACACUUCCCAUUAGCUGUGCCUUGUGUAAUGUGAGCCCAGAUUUUCGCAGCUUGCAGCUCCUGUCAGUAUUGUUUGCCAAAUCACAGGCUCUCUUAUUUUACUGUUUUCGUUUCAAGUUUGGGUACUUUAUUUCCAUUUUCUAAAACUAAGUUUCCUGCUCUUAAAAGUCUCAGUGUUCUGGUUCUGUGUCUUGAACCCAGGUGUCCUCACUGACAGUGUUUGUUUUUAGUAGAAUUUUCCCAGAAUAGACACAGGCAAGAUCAGACACAUGAGCUUCCCUUUUGUUUAAAUGUGAGGAAAACCAUCUUUCAGAAACAAAGCACCACUUAUAAACUUUUUCUUCGUGAGGAAGAACCCUUUUUUUAAACAGCUGAUUGUUCUUGAUCCAGAUUUCUCUUGGACACUGAACUUUACAGUAUAAGUAUGAUAGAAAUAGACUACACUAUACAACCAUAAGUGAAGAUUCUCUCUAAUAAGACUGGAUUGUGUUUCUUAAACUACUCUCACCACUUUAGAAGAGAUAGUCAUUCACUUUUGAAACAAGCACAAUGAGGUAAAUUUAUUUUCUUUUUAUGAAUUUAUGUGAAUUGGUUCACCAUAAUGAAUAAGGUGUGUUUUUACAGAAUCUGAGCCCCGUUGGAAUAAGAUUUUAGGCAAUUUUCCUGUUGACUCUACCUUACAUAUAGUGUUAAUAGAUGUAAGAUUAGUUCCUUUGGCUUGGUUUCUUUUUAAACCAAGCUUAGCUCAUGAGCCAGUUGAGUAUUAGUCCCAAAGAAUAGUGACACCUUGCUAUAUGCUGUGUUGAGGGGAGGUGAGUCUGAUUUCCAAAUGAUUAAGUUUUUUUUGUCUCUAACCAAAACAUGAUUUGCAAACUCUAACUACAGAUCUGCCACGGGAAUCUUGCUGGAAAGGACAUCAGAUUUGUUUUACAGCUCACCAAUCAGGGAUAUUUUUUGUUAUGUUCGUAGGAGCCCGCAAAUUAGAAGAAAUUGUCGUGGGAAUUCCUCAGUAUUGAAUUGUGUAUGUGCAUUCAGGCCAUCCGAUCCUUGAAUUCCUGCUUACAAAGGGUUUACUCUGUUACGUUAUUCUUCCGAUCGUAUUGUAAAGACCAAUAUUUUCUGAUUUUUGGUAAGACUGGAAAACAUUUACGGAGACUUUCCCAAUUACAUCUAUGACAGCGUCAAUUUGAAUAUUGCAGUUAAGUAUAUUCUGAAAAAUUGAAAUGGCCAGUAUGUCAGCUUUGCACCUGGAAGAUACCUUAUAUUUGGAAAGCUUAUGCUUCUCUAAAAAUAUAUGUUAUUAAGCCAUAUCACAGUUUAAGAAAUUGUAUAUACUUUUCCAUUUGCCCUUUCAGAAACCAGGUAUUUUGCAUACGAUUGAUUUUAGGAAGAUUUUGAAGCUGGUGUUUCUCCAUAUAAUUUAAGAUCAAGGUAUAGUAUAUGUAUAUGUACUGUAUUUGCAAUUUUCAAAUUGUAAUUUCCUAUACAUUUAUUAAAUAAAGUAUUGUUUUGC